AUGGCGAUGUGGUAUUCCCUAGGAGUGGCGCUUUUCGCUGCUAUCGGUACUUUCCUUUUUGGGUUUGAUACCGGAAUUGCGACGACAACAAUCGCCCACCAAAGCUGGAUCGACUACAUGGACAAGCCCUCCGAGGGCCUAACCGGCGCCGUUGUCGCAGUCUACAUCGCCGGCGAAGCCGGCGGCGCCCUAACCCAAACCUUCAUCGGCGACAAACUCGGCCGCAUCCGCUUCAUGCAACUAAUGUGCAUAAUCGUGACAAUCGGCACCGUAAUCCAAACCGCAUCCGUCAACAUUGGGAUGUUCCUCGCCGGUCGAGUACUAGCCGGCUACGCCGUGGGUGGAAUGGUCGCAACAGUCCCCAUCUACCUAAGCGAAAUCUCCGACCCGCGGAUUAGAGGACUCAUCGGGGGCAUUUCAGGGUGCGGCAUCUCCUUCGGGACCAUGAUGUCGAACUGGGUCGGGUACGCGUGCAGCUACGCGCCAUACGGUCCUGUGCAGUGGAGACUUCCACUGGGGAUCCAAAUCCCCUGGGGUGUUAUUAUGUUUGUGGGGUUGGCGACGUUUAUGCCGCAUUCGCCCCGGCAGUUGAUUCGCUCCGGAAAGGUGGAGAUGGCGGCAGCUGAGUUUAGACGGAUUAGGCGCGGAUUUGAGGAGUUAGAGGUGCAGGAGGAAUUUGCGGUUAUGAAGGCGCAGAUUGAGUAUGAGAUGGAGAGGGAGAUCACCUCGUAUAGGGAGAUUUUUAGGUUGUUUCGGUCCCGGGUUCUUGUGUCGAUUGCCGUGCAGACCAUGACUAGUCUCACGGGCGUGAAUGUGAUUCAGUACUACCAAACAAUCCUCUAUAAAUCCCUCGGCAUCCCCUCACACACCAUCCUCGCCCUCGCCGCCGUCUACGGCACCAUCGCGUUCAUCUCCAACUCGCUGACAACGAAGUACAUGACCGAUCAGUGGGGCCGACGCAAAAUGCUAAUCACCGGAUUGGCGGGCAUCGUACUCAUCGAGAUCUACGCAGCCGUUAUGCAGCGCGAAUUCCAAUAUACCGAUAAUCGGGUCGGGAAGGGAUUUGCCAUCCUCGGCAUAUAUCUUUUUGUUGUUUGUUACUAUGGUAUGCUGAAUAGUACAACAUGGUUAUACGGCGCCGAGGUCCUACCCAUUGCAUUGCGGAGUAAGGUUAUGGGACUUGCCGCUGCGUCGCAUUUUAUUGUUAAUGUUGCGAUCACCGAAGCCGGACCAAGUGCAUUUGCGAAUAUUCACGAGAACUACUACUACGUCUUCGUCGCGUGCUCGGCCUUUUUCUUGGUCAUUGCCUACUUUUUCUUCCCGGAAACCAAGCAAAAGACACUGGAAGAAGUCGCCGCCGCGUUUGGCGACCGUGUCGUUGUUGCUGAUGAGGGUUCCAAGGGGCUUUCUGUUGUCGGUGAGACGCAGCAUCUUGAGUCGGCCAAGGCGACGAAGGCGACGGAG